AUGCUUUCCUUUCGCACCCUCGCGCGCUCCGCGCCCCGCAGCAUUGGCCGCCUGGCCACGGCCUCGAUGCGCCAGGGCCUGGUCGCCCGUCCCCUCGCCGCUAGCUUGGCCAAGAGCGGCACGGUCUCUGGCUUCCAGAUGAUGCGCGCCGCCGGCGCCGCCAGCUUCUCCACGACGGCUGGCCGCCGGGCCGCCGCCGACGGCGAGACGGACGAUGAGCUGUCGGCCAAGAUUGAGAGCGAGUUGCAGAUUGAGGAGGAGAUGAAGGCCAGCGAGCAGGAGCCGGCGAGCGUCAAGGACUUUAUCGACAACAGCCCCUUUGAGCUGAUUGACACGGCUGGCCAGGAAGUGGUCAAGCUGGUCCGCGAGUUUGGCGAUGAAAAAAUCACCAUUUCCUUUUCCAUUGCCGACAUCAACAACUUUGAUCCCUACUCGGACGAGUCCGCUCUCGAGGAUGACGCGCUCGGUGACGACCUGCAGGCCGCCGAGAGCGGCAAGGGCCGCAGCCAAGACGUCGAGGCCGACGCCGACGAGGCUGGCGAGCUCGACGAGGAGACGCCCGCGCCCAUCUCCCUCUCCAUCAUCAUCGAGAAGCCCGCCAAGAACGGCGGCGCGCUCAGCAUCGACGCCACCGCCCAGGACGGCAACAUUGUCGUCGACAACCUCUUUUACUAUGCCGACGCCAAGCUCGCCCGGCUCGAUAGCCCCGAGGCCGCCCAGCAGCGCGCCGACGUCUACCCCGGCCCGCCCUUUGGCAGCCUCGACGAGGACCUCCAGGUGCUCAUUGAGCGCUACCUCGAGGAGCGCGGCAUCACGCAGGCGCUCGCCGUCUUUGUGCCCGACUACGUCGACCUCAAGGAGCAGAAUGAGUACCUGAGGUGGCUCGGCAACGUCAAGGGCUUCAUUGACGCAUAA